AUGGCAAGGACACAGAAUGCCGCACUCGCUGCCGCCCUCCCGCACGGCCGCACCACGCCACCGCCGGGCACCGGCUGCUUCUCGCCUGCUCCAUCACAGACGUUGUCGGUGCUGCUGCCUGUUGCCUGCUUCAGUGAAGCCCUGGUGUGCCUUCUGAAAAAGGCUGAUGACAUGAAUCUAAUUGAGGCAGUUCAUAUUGGAAAAAGCCUAAAACACCUUCAAUUCGUUUAUGACACUCUCAUUUUUGCCCCCAGGAACCCCAGGGUCAUUACGAACUACUUCAGAAUCCUUGACGUUUUUGCUAUGAUGUCUGGUUUGACUCUGAAUUAUAGCAAAUCAUGCUUUUUAUUCUGGAAUGUCAGCGAUCAUGCUUGUGCUGGUGAAACUGCUAGAAAUAUGGGAUGCUCUCAUUCAAUGUGUCCGUUUACUUAUCUGGGAUUCUCUCUUGGAGAUCAUAUGAAUAAACUCUCGGCUUGGAAACCAGUGAUGGAGAAAAUACAGAAUAGACUAGCUUCGUGGAAAGCAAAAAUCUUAUCUAGAGCCGGAAGAUUAACUCUCAUAAAAAGUGUUCUUAACAGCCUACCUCUGUAUUUUAUGAGUAUGCUUAAAAUGCCGAAAGCCAUUGCUAUGAAAAUAGUUAGUUUACAAAGAAAUAUCUUCUGGAGUGGAGUAUCUAGUGAAAAGAUGGGCUGUCCUAGGAUUAAAUGGUCCGAUAUCGAACUACCAAAAGAAAUGGGAGGUCUUGGGUUCUCCGAAUCUGAUAAUACUCUGUGGAAAAGAAUUCUGAACUCUAUACAUAAUAUCAAGGGGCUUAAAGCAUCGGAGGAUACUUUUCAAAAGGUCAAAGAUGGUACAUGGGCUCACCUUCUAAGUAUUGAUGCCGACACAUCCAAAAAGAGAUCAAUCAUAGAAGAAGGUAUGCUUGUGAAAAUUGAAAUGGGAAACUCGGUCCGUUUUUGGCAUGAUAGGUGGUGUGAAGUCGGAUCGCUAAAAAGGGCAUUCCCAAGAUUAAACCUGUACGAAUGGGAAAAUGACGACGUGUCAAGGCUCAAAAACCGUAUUAAACAGUUUAGACCAGAUAGGGACAGGGAAGAUAGUGUGGUCAUGAAACACUCGGGUAACUUGCUCUAUCCUACAAAGAGCAUUGAGAAACUUAAAACGGGUGAUUUUCUUGUAGAAAAGGGGAUUAUUGACGCUCAGCUUGCCGUUUGCCCAUUCUACAACAUAGAUACAGAGUCAAAUUCUCAUAUUCUGUUUACAUGCAGUUUAUCCUGGAGGGUCUGGAUGGAAAUGUUGAAAUGGUGGGGCAUCUCUGCAAUUCUCCACAACCGAUGUAAAAACUUUAGUUCAGAGUGGUUUGGUCUGGUAAAGAGCCGAAAGUGUCGAAAUCUGUGGGGCCUUGUUCUAGGCUGCGUUAUAUGGUCUCUAUGGUAUGAAAGAAAUAAAAUCAAAUUCGAAAGGAGACUCACAAAUCUGCACAAGUUUAACUACAAUCUGAAAGUCAGAAUAGGAAUAUGGGCAAAGAAAAUGCUGGGACUAACUGUUAUACCACCCCAUGGAGUAUCCGAUAAUAUAGGCAUCUCUCUGUAG